AUGUGGUUAUUUCCUCUCGUCUGUGUUCGCCCAGACUGUGGUAGGCACAGACUAACUGCGGCAGGAAUUUACCGUACCGUGCGUAAGGUCUUGGACAUCGACGGGUGGUAUGACCUUGCCACUGAGUAUCUGGAGUGCAAACGCUGCAAAAAGAAAUAUCCUGCCUGGUCCGAGGACAUCCUAGGACAGCUGGAUAUGGGCCACCGCAGUCAGUUUCCAGCUUUGCUGACAUACAGAUACUCAUGUGACAACCGGGUGCUGAGGAUGAUGAGGGAGAGGACACUGGGCAACAGUGUGACUCAGCUUUACAGGAAGCUGAUGGAACAGCACAGUGAGGCAUGGACACAGCGUGUCUUGCAGUACCUGACUGCCUGUGAACCAUUCACAAGGUCCUCCCUUGUGCAGCCUCCUGUGUUUGCUGAUCCUCCACUUUUACCUGCUUUGCCUAAACCUAAGUGGCUGUUAGCCGUGUAUGCCAGGGAUGUUCUGGGGCGACUGCACGAGGUCAAGGCCAAAUUAACAUCUGUCUUUGGCUGUGUUCUCAAGAUGGAUUCGACAAAAAAGGUCACAAAGAAACUUGCCGGUGCUGCUUCAGGAACAGCUGCCUGGUGCACAAAUGUCGGAAACGAACACGGCCAGGUCCUUGUCUCUGUGCUGACAGCUGCCGAGGGACAUGGACUGGACUCCAUGGCAGCUGGUCUGAUGAAACGCUACCGAGAGGCAGGAGAGGCAGCCCCAAAAGUGAUGUACGUGGACAGGGACUGCUGCAGUCAGUACGGCCAAUCGCGGGUGAAGAUCAUGUUUUUGGAGUGGGAUGAGCUUGUAGUGCGCCUCGACAUCUGGCACUUCAUGCGGCGAUUUGCUGCAGGUGUCACGACAGAGGCUCAUCCGCUCUAUGGGAUCUUCAUGGCACGUCUGUCCACGUGCAUCUUUCAGUGGGAUCCAGAGGAUGUGGCUGCUCUUCGCUCCGCAAAAGAGGGUGACCUGGCGGCAAAGAAGACUGGCCACAUCUCAGAAAAGGCGGUCAGUGCUCGCAUUACCCGGAGGGAGUUGGCACUGCACUGCCGGAGGAGGACCAGGGGGGUGGAGGAGACCACCAGAUUGAUUGGGUCACUGAUUGAUCAGUUUGACAGUGCGGAUGGGAAGGACACCCUGGGAGUUCCUCUGCUGGACCACGAACGGAUCCAGCAGAUAUGGAAGGAACAGCGCAAGCACGUCCAGUGUAUCCAAGACCCAGAGGACUUUCCGCUGUACAUGAAGACAGGGACACUGAAGAAAGGCGGCGUGGAGCUGUGCUGCUACAGGUGUGCUCGUGGCUCUACCUCCUUGGAGUCAUUCCACCUCCACCUGAACCGUUUUAUUCCAGGAACCAGUGCCAGCGAUGCGCAUUUUCAGGCCUAUCUCCUUGAGGGCUUGAUGCGUUGGAAUGAUGACCGAAUGGAAGACGCCAUAAAACGGGCGUCCUCCAUUCGGACAUAUGGCAGUGCCAUGAGCGAGGCUGUUGACCGGCUUAGCCGAACAGUCUUUGGGAAGCCCUGGGAUGAGCGCUAUCGCCCUCCUGGAGCAUAUACAGGUGAAUUGCUGGGAAUCGAGUACCUUUACAGCCAGACUGGCAAAACACUGACUCCAGUGCUCCAGAACCCAGAGGAGGAAGACCGGUUGGUGGAGGAGGUUGAUGAUCAGGACCUGCUAGAUGAGGGGUUUGAGGAAGAGAGCAUGGAGGACAUCACAGUUCCAGUGCUGUAUGAGGAUGACCCCUGCCUCAGAAACACCCCCUCAUCUUUGCCUCUGCCUCAGUCCCCAGCAUCACUGGCUGAGCCGUCCACAUCAUCUGGAGGAGAGGGACAGCAUCUCGCCCCUGCCUCUUCAGUGCUGUCACAGACAUCUGACACUGGAAGCAGUGUCUCCGGCGAGGCUCAGGGAGCAGUCAUUGGACCUGAUGGCAUCGCUGGGUGGGACAAGGUCCAGGAUCUGGCUGGUUUCCUGGUGGGUCUUCGUGAGGCUCCUUACCUCACCGACCUGCAGGUUACAGAGGCCAUCCAGCUGUGGACCGCUCUCCCUGAUGUUGAUAAACAGCGGGUCAACUAUCAGCCUCGACAUCAGCCUCAGCUGACACAUGGGCGCUUUAAGGCACCGAAGCGGUCCGGAGUCACACCGGGUGUGGAGAGUGUGAAACGGUGUCUGAUUGGACAUCCUGGGGGUCCAGCACAGUGGCCCAGCACCAGCCGCUUGGUUGAGGCCAUUUGUAUGAAGCUGUGUGCUUUACACAAGUCACCGACCAAGAAGGCUGGAGUUUCCACCCCCAGGUGGUCUAAAAUCCUUUCGGAUUACCACCACAUCCGAGAGCUGGUGCUUAACAAUCAAAGGCUGAUGGAUGAAACAAUGAUCCAACUGUUUGAGCUGAACCAGAGGACACUCAUUCAGUGGUUUCAACGGCAGCAGAAGAAUCAGGAAUUGAGUGUCCUCGUCCAGGGACUGACUCCAUCUGACCCAAUAGAUGUGGCUGAUGUGCAGCUUCCUCUGCCGAGGGAAAAAUUGGAUGACGUGCCAUCAACAUCAGGCCCAAAACAUCAAUUUAUCCUUCCGCCAAAUCGAGAAGGACAGGCUCCAAUUCUGCGACCGGGUCGCCGGCCCGCUGCUGCCAAAAGGGAGUGCCCUAUCGCACCCGUCCCCACAGCAGCAGGAGUUGUGCAGCCCAUUUCAGCACCUGGGUCACUGUUAGGCACACUAGUGCUUAACCCAGACAUGACUGUGUCAAUAGUGAUUCCAUCUGCUGGUGCUUUGACAUCCGGUCCAGGCCCAGCUCCGCCUGCUCCAGUGCCUGCUCCAGUGCCUGCUCCAGUGCCUGCUCCAGUGUCUGCUCCAGUGCCUGCUCAAGUGCCUGCUCCAGUGCCUGCUCCA